AUUCCUCUUCAUCUGCCUCCCACACGUCGUCAGAGCUGCACGCCGCCUCUCUGUGCCCAGCUUUGCUCCCACCCACGAGGUCGACGAGGAGGCACAGCACGCAUCCGAUCUUAACCGCACUGCCUCGCCGGCAUACACACUGCCUCACAGACCUGCCUCCUCUCGCUCCAAACCUUCUUCGCUGCUGCUUGCCACCAGCCCGCUCAAUCUGCUCGACAGGGCCAGCCAACACCAUGCACCCCCCUCAGUGGAUCUCUUCAGCGAGCAUGUCGGCAGUCCCACUGCACGAGCUUCGCUGCUCUCACGCAGUCUCGCCAGCGAGCACACACUCAUGGGCACCAGCGGCAUCACCUUGAUGAACCAGCCUACUUUGGCUUCUUCUCAUCACACCGCACAGCCGCAGCUUCAACCAUCCCAAGAUGGUCUUUCUACUCGGCGCUCGUCCGCUUUGUCCCAGAGCUUGUCGUCGCACAGGACGACCGAGCCAUCACACUGGGAUGCCGCCAUGCAGCGCACCGACACCGACGACAGUCUCAGCCUGGCUGUCGGCAGCCUCCGACUGGCCCAAUCCCGUGCUUCCGCUCCACUAGCAUCUGCUCCGCGGCGCAACACCGACGCAUCCGAGUCCAGACCCGCCGACAUGCGACGACUAUCCCUCUUCGGUGUCGCGGGCGCUUCCCAACGUCGCCGCAACUCGAACACCGCUUCCAUUUCGAGUUCCAACUCGGGUUCUAACGCUAGUGGCUGGCUUCGCUCGCUCUCUUCGGCCUGGCUCAACUGGCGCACCACCACCUCACCAGCACCCCUGCAGACCGACUCGGACGUGUUGCACUCCACCGACGACAGCGACGAGUGGCCGUCUCGCAAUUCUAGCAGCAUGCCCUGGCGCGAGAGCAACGCCUCGCACAACAGCAGCACCAGUGCACGGCCCUCCUAUGCGCAGAAUCGCGCCUCGUCGCUGAGGAACGUCAGCAUGGAGCAGAGCAACAUGCUUUACCCUACCGACAUCUCACACCAGUCAACAGACGAUCGCAAGUCUGCUAUCACUCCGACGCAAAGCCUCGUUGCUAAGCCCACCAUCCGACGUGGUCGCGUUCCCGCCUAUGUAAGCGAGAUUGGCCAAGGCGGCAUCCCUGGCGAUUCUUCACCUGCCGAGACCAAGACCGAAGAUGGGGCAGCAGCAGCAGCAGCAGCGGAUCCAGCACAGCGACUCGCGCGCGCCCGCGUCGACAGCUUCACGCGGCUCACCGACGCUGACGCUGCUCAGAAGAAAGCCAGCAGACGCAGAAGCCGUGACAUUUCCGUGUUGCCUCCGCUGCUCGCCCCCAUCAGUCGAUCCGGCAGCAGCACCAACUUGUACGGACAGGUGCCAAGAAGUGGUCGAGCUUACUCUACCGGUCGUGCCUGGACAGCUGGCAACACGCCUCAGAUGUAUGUUGGCAGUGCUGGCUCGUCGCAUCAACAGGCCAUCCUCAACGGUCAGCCGCCCCAUUCGCCGACGCUGAUGCGCAGCCCUUACCACAGCAGUUUGGCUCUGACGCAGGACGCAGCUCGCGCUGCUUUGAGUUCAUCGCGACCUAACAGCGCGGCGGGUUACCAUUCUCUACCCUACAGCGCUGGCACUUCGCCGCGAGCCAAGGGCCUCGGAUGGGGUGCCAUGACGUCAAUUGCUUCGCCGCCUUCUUCAUCCGACAUGUCGGCCGCUGCUCACGCGCAUCAGGGUGGCCACCGUCAGAGCAUGAGUUAUGGUCACGCUGCUGCUAUUGCCACUCGACAGUGCAUCAAUCCGGGCCAGAAGGGACAGCAACAUCAUCAUCAUCAUCAUCAUCACCAUUCUGGACACCAGCACCAGCACCAGUACGCGCAUCAGCAUCAGCAUCAGAACCCUCACUCCCACCAUCACCACCACGGUCGCCACAGUCACGGACACAACCAUCGCGGUGGCUCAUCGGGAUCGGAUGUCCAAAUCGCAGCUGGUCAAGCAGAUGAGCAGGUGACUCUAGGACACGUCAUGAGCCUAGGUACGAUGCCCACCAGCGCGGGUCAGCCCGUGUACGGUCGACACUCGACGAUGCCUGUGACACUGCAUCGAAGCCCAACGCCAAGUGUUCCUGAGGAUGGAGGUGAAAUGACAUCGCAAGAUCUCACCUCGGGCGACUUUGUUUCCAGGCCUACAUCGGCAAUGGGCGCGCCGAACAGUCGACGACAUCACCGGACGUCGUUGAUGCCACCACCGCGGUCGCGAUCUUCGCUGGGCAUGCAUGCUAGCAGAGGUGGUGUGCAGCCGCUCACAUCGACCGAUGCAGGAUUGGUGCGUGCGUCUGAAGACGGCACGCUGGCGUCUCAGCAUGCGGAGCAACAUGAGCCCGCGCGUCCGCAUGAGCCCGCGCGCACGUGGAGCUACGAUCAGUUGUCGGGUCUCAAGACCUACCCCAUCUUGCAGCUGCCCGAUCGCGAGACUCACGACGUGUACGAUCCCGCCUGGGGCCUGGAUGCAGGCGGCCUCGCAAAGCAUUUAGGUCAGGAUCGAACCAACGUUUCGACCAACGAUGUGAAUACUGAUGGCGAUGGCAAGAGGCUCCAGAUGGGAUUCCAACCACACCGAAAGAAGCUGUUCUACUUUGAUGCGUAG